AUGGAAGGAGCUGAUAGCCCAACCAAUGUGGCAACUGACCCACUGACAGAGGACACAGCCACUGUACAGUUUGAGGCUCCCAUAGACAGAUACAUGGUGAGAUACACCUCAGCUGAUGGGGACACCAAGGAAAUAGAGGUGAGGAGUGAAAAUGACAUCAUCACCUUACUGGAUCUGAAGUCAGGCAUGGAAUAUGUCAUGCACAUACAGGCAGAGAAGGGACCCCAGCGAAGCAAGAAAGCAAGCACCAGAGCUGUGUCAGGAAUCGACAGCCCAACUGAGCUGUUGACUGACCAAGUCACAGAGGAUGCAAUUACUGUUUCCUGGAACAAAGUCCAGGCUUCAGUAGAGCACAGAGUGAGCUAUACCUCAGGUAACGGGGAAACAGAGGAGAGAGAAGUGGAGAAAAAUGUCACUACCUUGCCAGGACUGAAGCCAGGCACGGAGUAUAUCAUUUACAUCUGAAAAAGGAUUUUUACAUCAGAAAAGGGAGAAAAACAGAGCAAGUGGGCCAGCACUGAGGCUGUAACGGAAAUUGACAGUCCGGCUCCCCUAGUGACUGACCAAGUGACAUAGGACACAGCCACCAUCUCCUGGGACAAGGUCCAGGCUCUCAUAGAUAGGUACACAGUGAAGUACAUCUCUAUUGAUGGUGACACAGAGGAGGUGGAAGUGGGAAGGAAUGAGACCACCACGACUUUGACAGGACUGAAAUCUGGCAUUGAAUAUGUCAUCAUCCUUUGCGAGAAAGGAACCUGACAGAGCAAGAGGAUCAGGACUGAGGCAGUGACAGAAAUGGAUAACCCAAAGAACAUGGUAACUGACCAAGCAACAGAGGACACAGCCACCAUCUCCUGGGAUAGCGUCCAAGCUCCCAUAGACAGGUAUAUGCUGAGCUACACUUCUGCUGAUGGGGACGCCAAGGAAAUAGAAGUGGGGAAGGACAGGAGCAUUACGACAAGACUGAAACCAGGCAUGAAGUACACCAUCGAUCUCUGCGCAGAGCUGGGAAGCAAGGAGAGCAAGAGAGUGAGCACUGACAUGCUGACAGAGAUUGAUCCUCCCAAGAACCUUCAUGUAUCAUAUGUGACUCAUUCUACCGGUGUAGUUACCUGGACUCCUCCUGCAGCACACAUUGAUGGCUAUGCUCUGACCUACCAGGUCAUGAGCAAGGAAGUACAGAUGAGUCCUAGUGAACAACAGUUUGUGCUGGAAGGACUGGAACAAGGAGUGAGGUAUACCGUCUUUGUGAUGGCCUAUAAGGGAGAUCGCCAGAGCAGAAAGACAGACAGUACCUUCUCAACAGUUAGCUUCCUCUACCCAUAUUCCAUGGACUGCAGCCAGAUGCAGCAGAAUGGAAAUGCCUCCAGCAGCAUUUACAGUAUUUACCUGAAUGGGGAUGGCAGCAGGCUGAUGCAAGUGUACUGUGACAUGACCACUGAUGGAGGCAGGUGGAUAGUGUUUCAGAGGCAGAGCAUUGGCAAGAUGGACUUCUACAAACACUGGAAAAAUUAUGUGGAAGGCUUUGGAGAUCCCACUGGGGAAUUCUGGCUUGGUCUUGACAAGCUGCGCAAUCUCUCAAGCAGCAGCCCCAUCUGCCAUGAGCUCUGGGUGGAUUUGUGGACAGCCAGCGAAUCUGUCUAUGCUGGCUAUGACUUCUUCCAGAUUGCCUCAAGCAGGGACGGAUACAGGCUGUUGGUGGGGAAUUACAGAGGCAAUGCCGUGACUACCCCACCUUCCCAGAUGCCGUUGUCUAACAAGUACAGUGCUCUGCAAGGGAACCUGGAUGAUGGUAGGCAGCAACGAGGUAGCGAGGAGAAGUCCAAGGGCAAUGAAGAGAAAUUUCAGGGCCCUGGGACAACUGGUGGUGCGGGAGUCAACAAGGAGGAGGAGUACUACUGGACCUGGUACUGA